AUGCUGAGAGCUACGUUAAGCCAGGCUCUCAGGUUCUUGCCUUUCCUCCUCCGCCUGGCACUCGUGGAAGGUCAGUGUACGACAGGAAGCAAUCCUGGCCUCUGCUGUCCCGAGGGGACAACAACAUGCGGAUCAACCUUAUACACGACUUUAGCUGGAGCUUUGUGUGGUGGUCCUGUAAAUUAUGUUCUGCAAGCGGCACCUGGUGCGCAUGUGAAUAAGUAUUGGUGUGGCAGCUACUACAUAGGAUACGACGACGGAGGUUGGAAUAAGCUUAAACCUGUAUGGAGAUGGACUGGGGGAGAAAUCAAGACUUGCACGAUUGAUACUUCCACUCAGUUUACGUGUGCGACGCAGAGAAUGAAAGCCGAGGAAGACACUUGCGACUGCAUGAGCAGCGGGGUCUACGCAUGUGCGGAGUGGAACAACGGGUUUCCUGGUCAGAACUGGCCAGCAGAGUGUAAGCCUGUGGUGAUUGCACGUGAAGACACUUGGAGCGCUGUCGGAACUCGCUUUUUUCAAGAAAAUCCUGUGCCCUCGAUAGAUCCAAUUGCAUAUGAUGGAACCGAAAUCAUAACCGUUACGGUCAAGGUCCAUUGGGGAGCCGUUUCAAUCUAUGGCCUUGACAAGUACUGUCCCGAUCAGUCCACCAACUUUGCGACAGACCCUGCUGCAGGCAACUUGGUGUGCACUGUGUGCAACCCCAGCAUCAAGACAUGUAAUCUCAUCCCUGAGUUUCCCUCCGCAGCGGUUCUGUCUAGUGUAGAGUUCUCUUUCGUUCAAGAGACCAACCUGUUGCCCAAGGCCAGAAUCUUGAAGUUCAGCGGCCUUUAUGCAAUGGUGGAUGCAGCGAUGCAAAAUUUGACUUACAAAGCUGAGCCGAAUCAAAACUUUCUGAGGUUGAAAUCAAGAUACUUGAGUGCAAAGACGGCACAAAAGCUACCUUUUGAAGAGAUGACAAUAUCACUUGAAAUGCUGGGCAAGAUGGUGGCAAAUAUCAGCCAAAUUGUACAUAUCGUGGAUGUCAACAAUGCUCCGACUCUCGUGAAUCCGACGACAGGAUGGAAGAAGAGUCCUAUUUGUACUGCAAAUCCUUUAUCUACGCUCGAGGAAUGCCACUUCGGUCAAUUUUUUAGAUACGAGGAUACUGACAAAAUUCUUGCUAUUCCCAACACCAAAGCCGACGAUAUAGAUCUUUUCGAAGAGUGUACCUAUGCAUUUCCAGAAUGCAAAAAGGUCGACGCAAACGUUGCUACCUUGAAGGGCAUGACGGGUUUGAACACAAGAGUUGGUCUUGCUGUCUACCAGGAUGAGAAGGGUACAGAUGGGGUCAGUCGGCUCGGCUUCGGCGGUUUUCUGGCGAGAGUGAACUCUGCAAUCCAAGUUCUCUUCUAUCAAGUUGAAAGUCAAACCAUGGUGAAUCAGCCUGGCAGCACAGUUUUGAACUACAACACUAUGACGGGAGGACAGGUCGAGUACAUCACAGUGACCGUAUCAGAUCAGGGAAGUACGGGAGCCGACGGAGUCUCCGAGAUCGUUUCGACUCAGAUCCCUAUUACGAUCGUUGCUGUGAAUGAUGCACCUGUCAUCACUUCUGAUUUUCUUGAAUUUGCUGCCCAGGAAGACAUAGUGUUUGGUUUGAAGGGGAUCGUUGUUUCGGACGUAGAUUUGAACGAAGUCAUCGUCUCAUCAUUGGCAGAUCUAGAUUGGCAGAAAGCAGCGGAGAAUCAGUAUCAGUUGAACAAGAUGUCCAUCACAAUAUCAGUGACGAGAGGCAAUCUAUAUUUGAAUUAUUUCAGAAACAUUUUCUUGAAUUUCACCAAAGAGACAAGCUAUCUCUCUAUCGCUGGAUGGCUGCCUUCUUUCUACAACGCUGACUGGUGCAAGUUUGUCAGCGAUUUGAGUCUGGGAACGGACUCUUUUAGAGUUGGUUCCAUGGAGUUCAAGAGCGUCUGCUCUCUGGCUAACGUGGGAACUUCUCUUUGCCCUACUGGAAACGAGGUCAACUGCGUCUGCGACAUCCGGAGUGAUUGUCCAAACGCUCAAUUUCUUCUCAAGUUCAACAGGUCUCGUAACAAGUGGGAUGAAUUCCGACGGAACACGUUCGGUGUGAUAGCCUCUCAGGAUCGAACGUGUGGCGGGCUACCUGUGAUGAUGCCGCCCAACAAUUUUUCAUUUGGCAAGCCUUGCAGCGACUGUCAAUCCGGCAAACCUUGCCUCACUUGCGCCUCGACUAGUUUGGUCAAGUGUAGCCCUUACGUGCAGGGGGGGGCGAUACAAGCGAGUACCUGCCGGUGCUGUGCAAACCUCACAAAACCUUGCUCAGUCGAUGCUGACUGUCAGAGCGAACCCUUCAGCCUCUGCGGCUGCUCCCCAGGGGCUCCGAUCGUUGACGGCAUCGGGAAAGCUUUCACUGCCCCUGGGGUCUGUGGGCCUUACAAGGAUGCUUCGACGAUCCCGCUUAUCUUUCGGAACGAAAAAUGGUCAGGGCAGAGUUGCACGUACACGGGGCCAGGCUCGAACUUGUGUCGUUCUUCGAUCUUUGCUUAUGACGGUACAGCCUUGUCUUCCAUCUUGGAGACGCUGGGAACGUCUGGAACGAAGGAGCUGAGUGGGUUCGGAUCUCUGACUGACAUGAAUCGAGUGUUGGACGGAGUGUUGUAUCUGACGGACCUGAACUACAACCGUCGGUACCGUAUCCCUGUCGCUCAGCGAGACCCCGCGACGUUCAAGAUCGAGAGCGAUGACUUGGACACUUACACGAUCAUAGCGGGAGACAACGGAAACUCUGGUGGUUCACAAAGGGACCCUAAGAUCACGACCAAGACUGUGAACAUCCGUGUUGCCGCGGUGAACGAUAGACCGGAGAUUGACUCGCCGACUUUCAUCUCUGCCGUUGAAGAUGUCAAGUUCGCCUUCUCCCCGGAGAACUUUGCGCAGGUCAAGUGCCCCGACGCGAACGUGAGACGAGCAAUCUAUGGGGUCCUGAUGUACCACUGCCUGCCGGUUCAGAUUCUUGAUCCCGAUUACAUGGACUAUGACUUCGCCGACAAACCAUUCAUUCUCAACAUCACGGUAGCCAACGGAAAGGUUUUUUUGAACGAAACAUUCCUUGCAGUCGCGAAAGCCAGGCAGAGCUGCGAUGCGAGUGUACAGUGCGGACCUGAGACCCGACUGACCUGCUGCAAGUGCGCGGUGGACGUUAUGGAUGGUUGUAGUAUCAGCUACAACCAGUAUGGACGAGACUGGUACACAUCAAGAAACACAAGACCGAGCGGGUUGCAUGCUUACGGAGGGCCCCAGUUCGGAGUGGGAAACAAGUUCCUGUCUCUGACGGGAACUUAUGCAGACCUCAAUCUUGCGCUGAAGGGGUUGACAUACCUGAGUGAUCCGAACUUCAACACUCGGUAUGGGAUACCCGAGUCGAUCACGAUCGAGGUGGACGAUCAGGGAGAUAUGGGUGACAACUACUUCACCACGAGACAUCUCAAAGGCUCUACCGUCAUCUCGGUGCUGGUCGACUCCGUCAACGAUCCUCCCGUGAUCGGCCGAGCUCUGUCUGUGCAGCAGGAGAUCCUUGGCGUGUACGAAGCUGAUCCCUCCACAAUCGUCAACCUCCCACGGCUCAUUCCGAUCGACGAGUCCAUCAACAUUCAGUACGACUGCCUCCACAUCAGCGUCACGAGCAAAGCGUACGACACAUACUGUAAGCCCAUGUUGGACACGGUGGUCAAGUUGUCGGACAUUGUCAACGGCACGUAUCGACGGUACAUCGACAUCGACGAAGACACUGUCUUUGUUGUCAGCCGAGACGUCUUGUGGAUCGAUGACGUCGACUCAGACGAAGCUGCUCUGAUCAGCUCCACUGGUCGCCGCCAUUGCUGUCAGGGGAACGGCAUCAGUGCGGUCUUCUCUGCUCGCGGCUGCAUCUGCGGACAGCCCUGCUUGUGUCUUGGUGGUGCAGAGUGCCCCUGCCCCAUCCCGUCCAUCUGCAAUCCAAGUACAGAAGUGUAUCCUGGAGAGCUCAUCGUCGAGCUCAGCGUCCAGGAAGGAUUUCUUUCCUUCUACCCGCCGCCGGGGCGAGACUUCCUCGCAGGGCUCGUCUUCCUUACUAACGCCACCCAAUACUCCUUUGAAGACUGCACGAAGCUAGCCUCUACAAAGUUGGCUGUGUCUCGGUUUACCUUCAGGACUUCUCUUUGCGCCGUCCCAUGUCCCGACCAGGUUGCCUGCAUGAGGAACCAGAGCAGGAUCAUCCUGAGAGCAAAGAAGCAAGUGAUCCAGGAGGGCCUCAACAAGAGCUACCUCACCUACUCGAGUCGGCCCAACGGCAACGGGCUGGACAGGCUCAGAAUCUGGGUGACGGACCAAGGAAUGACGGACGAAUGCUACAACAACCAGCAGGCCGUCUUGAACGGAGUAGUGCAGAACCUUGACAUCCGAGUUGUCCCGGUCAACGAUCCCCCGGUCAUCACCUACCCCACCAACUUGCUCAAGUACACCAAGGGGAUGCGGUGCUAUGUCGACUACUCCAACUCGAUGUUCAUAGAGGGAGUGUCGUGCUCCGAUGUCAACGCCUCCAUCUUCCCUCCAAUCUCCUCCAGCGUCACGUCCACGGCUCUUGACAUCAUGGACGUGGACAUCAACGACGUCCCCUACGGCAACAUGACGCUCCUGCUCAAGGUCGACAGGCCGUCGGCCGGCAAGUUUCAGAUCCAGUCUGUCGUCUCGUCGCUUUCCUACCUGCAGGCCAAGGACGCAAGCGGCCUGUACACGCUGUCGAUGCAAGGGACAAUCUCUGACACCAACAUCAUCAGCAAGCAGCUCUUCUACGACUCCAGCGUGACUUACACCGGGUAUGUCCCUAUCAAGAUCACCGCCAUCGACAACGGCAACUAUGGCGAAUGUAGUGGAGAGCACGAGUGCGGGCAGGCAAAGCCAUGUCAGGACCACAGGUUCGCGGCCCCACACGUCUCGGACGUUGCAGGAAUGACGUCGGUCAUCGUCGACAUCAACGUCGGGAUCCCGGCGACCUGCGCCAUCUCAUGCACGGGGAUCACAGAGAAGGAGUGCUGUCUGCAGUGCAACCAGAAGGCUGAGUGCGUCUACUGCCCGGGCGACUGCGGGGGAAAGGGCAAGUGCAUGAUUGGCUCGACGAGCUCGGGCCCCACCUUCCAGAAGUGUGUGGUGAGUGCAAGAGACGGGAGGACCUUCGGCCAGUGCGAAGUCGCCCAGUUGAAGAUCAUCCCAAUCGCCGUCGGCACAGCAGCUGCGCUCGUGGUCGCUGGCGUCUUGAUCUACAUGCUGACUUCCUGGCUGCGGCGGCGGCACGGCAACUUAAAAAACUACCUGCGCAAGAAGCGGAUCGACCUCAUCAUCACAGCGACCAAACUUCAGAUUCGGCCUCCUCCAGAAGCCAAGUUCGUCGAGUUCUUCCUCGUCCUGUUUGGAGCGUUCCUCCUCCUCCUGUACAUCAUCGGCGUCAUGACUACGGACUACCAUCCCGAGUGCAACUACAACGCAGAGUUCUUUUUGGAUCAGGCCAUCUCCGUGCAGUUCAGCCUCGACACCUGCAACGUCCGCUUCAUGCCCGCCUCCAUCUUCCCUCCCCCCGACAACUCGCUGCAAGCGCUUAAGGUUCGGUUCGCCUACAAGUUCAAAGACCCCCUCAUCACCCUGGCCUCGGACACCUGCUCCACUGCCGCCACCUUCGACGUCACCAACAACCGACCCGAUGCCGGCAGGUUCAUGGGCUACUACUGCAACGUGCAGAUCCUCGUGCCUGACCGUUACGUGCUGCCUGCCAUGACCUUCAUCGCCGUCGGUGACAACAUCACGUCAAUCCGUGGAGGCGCCAUGGACUCGGACACCCCCAACUUCGGCAUGGAGUUCGGGCCCAACACCCUCGCGAUCCAGGGCAAGAACGUCAACGUCCGCGUGCAGAACGUCACAGCCAAGAACAUUAACAUCAACAUCGACCAUGGAUCUUUCAUCGCCCAUGACCUCGGGCUAGGAGGCGCCAUCCCGACCGCUACCUUCAACAGCAUCACGGCUGACUUCGUCGUCACGACUACCCGCUCUACCUCCAUCCAGUACUGGCAGAAGUCGGGUAACAAGGUCUGCCUAUCAGCAGCGCAAGGGUCUCUGUACCUCCAGGACUCCUGCGAGACAACGUGCGACUACCUUGACACCAGCGGCUCCAAGGCCCCUGUGAAGAUUCUUGGCUCUGCCAUGAGCCCUCCCGCUGACUUCUGCCCCAACCUCUACCGCUACCCUUGUCCUCGUUGCGCCAUCAACAAAACCUCCACCGUCCCUGGAUGCAUCGAUCGCAAAGCCUGCACUCAGACUGACAGCCUACAGUGUCUCUGCAAGCCCGCCUGUGAGAUGGUUGCUUUCACCAGUCACAGCCGCAUCUCCCCGCUCGACGGCUCCACCAUCGUUCCCGUCCAAGCCAAUUGCGACGUUGCGGGCAAGUGCUGCCUCAAGUUUUGCCAUGGCUAUGCAAAGGCGGAUCUCUUUCCCAUCGUCAACCAGCCUCUCUGCGGCAUCUGCAUCAACCCGGUCACGAUGCCCUGGAAGUCAGGCAACUUGGAUCAGAUCUGGAACUUCACCUCGAUCUCGGGACAGAUCUCCCUGGCGGCCCUGACAGACUUCACAGUCCCCAGCGUCUCGUCGUACCAGGGGAACCCGCCAGAGGCCGUCUCGAGGGACGUCAGCACGCUCGUCAAGUCCAACAUCGUGGAGCAGGACAUGAACUUGAUCGACCGCAAGUUCCACAUCGAAGGCAAGAAGCGCCCGCUCGUCCCCUGGUUCUCCAUCCGCCUCACCGGCCCUGGCGCCCCUGAGUCCAUCGACGGAGAGUUCCUGUGGAUCGAGGGCCCCAGGUACCUCGUCAUCCCUGAGUGGCUCACGGACAUCCUUACCUCCUUCCUUCUGCACCCGGCGCGCGACGGGGUGAGCAUGCAGCUGGACCCGGGCUUCUGCCCAGCUGUGGUGAGCCAGGGGAGCAACUUCACGAAGCGGCUCAUAACGAUGCGGUCUAUGAUCAUCGAAGUGCUCCAGACUUGGCCCCCGGGCAGCUCUAGGAUUCUUCCUCCUACCUCCCUCCUCGUCUUCCGCCCGACAGUCGGCAACGCCAAGGUGUUCAAGCUGGACCCCAAGACGAACCAGAUCGGCGUGACGCCGCUGGACCCGGCUAUGUACGAGUCCAUCACUUCCUUCUACAUCCUCAGCGGCUCCAUCGCCUUCCUCCUCGCAGCUCUGGGGACGGGGCUUUUCACAGCCUGGGGGUACCGGGGGAUCCUGAAGCUGCGCAAGGAGAUUCUCUACGACAUGAAGGGGCUGAGCGUGCUCUUGGACGAGAUCCGUCGGGUCCGCAAGGAUGGGAGGACGAGGGACGAGGAUGAGAUCUGGAGGGAGCGAGCAACGAUUGUGUACAGCAAGGAGGAGCAGGAGGAGACGAUCUCCAAGACCGGCUUCUUCAACGUUCUCGAGGGUCUGGCGGUUCCGAGCGGGAGGUCCAAGAGCUUGCAGAGGAAGAUCAUCGACGCCAUCGUGUUCAUGACCAUCGCAAGCAUGCCGAGCUGGUAUGUGAUGAAAACCAGCGCUGAGAUCAAGAUGGGAAUGUCCACCACCAGGUGUGAGUUUGCCCCCAACAAGUGCAAGUGCGCACAGGAGGCCAACCUCUUCCCCGUCAUCCUCGACGCCCUCGCCUACACCCAGAUGCUCGUGGCUGCCAUCGAGCUCUCCUCCUUCUACCUCUCGAUGCCCCAGCAUGCGCUCAUCUGGAAGCUCGUCAGGUUCGCCUUUACCAUCUCGUACUUCGUUCUGUCCCUCCUCUCCAUCUUCCUCCUCCUCCUCAACGGGAUCUGGAUCUUCUUCGGGACCAUGGUCCUGCCCCGGAAGAUCUCACCUUACCUCAUCGCAAUCGUCGGAGUUGCCGUGACGUCGCUGCGCUACUGGAUCCGGCUGACGCAGUUCCAAUGGCGGGUCAAGCAGGCGAUCAAGGUCAGGAUCGAGCAGCGGAAGUCACAGAUCUCCGUUAGCCCCACCCUACUCGAGUUCGCCACGAAGCAGAAUCUAGCGCAGGCUCUCUCUGACUUCAGUCUCUCUGACUUCAAGAUUCUCGUCGCAACCUUCCUCUACUCCUCUGUCGUCACCCUCGCCCUUGUCUUCCUCUUCGUUGCCUUCCAAGCGUUCACGGAUCCCUACGAUGCUGCUGCUGCUGCUGUGAACUGCGGCAUUGUCAUCUCCGUCAUCUACGCCUUCGACGCCUCCUCCUGCAAGCGCAAGGAGGAGGAGUACGAGGAGCUCAAGAUCGAGGGGCUGGAGAGGAAGGUGGCAGGGGUCAUGGACCUGAUCUUCAAGUCCCUCGAGGAGCAGAUUGAGGUAGCGAUUCGAUUCCUCGACUCCGCCGAGUCUCGCAGCCGAGUGCAUGCCGGGCCGGACCGGGAUGAGACGUGA